UGGUUUUCUGAUGUUUGGAUGAGAAAAUCUGGAUUUCUUCUUCCCAUCUGCACUCAGAGAAGUCAGGGACUAAAAUGCAGUCGCAUUCCGGCUGUUUACCCAAGGAGCAGGAGCACGCUGUCAUUGUCUCCGCCCUGAAAUGGGUAAUCCGAGGUGGCACCCAGCCACCGCCGCCGCCAUCGACGCCGAAUUCUGCCACAUCGUCACUUCCUCCAACGGGUGGCACCAAUCAAGUCGUGAUACCAUUUUUGGAUUGUGUCACGUGUCAGGUAUGUAAUAUGAAGAUGGACGAUUGCCUUGGCUGUGGUUUGUUCCCGCCAAGCGAGGAAGACAAAGGGAAAGGGAAAAAGAUGAAGACGAGCAACUACAGGGGGGUUAGGCAGAGACCAGGGGGCAAAUGGGUGGCGGAGAUUCGGGACCGGCGUCGCGCGGUUCGGCUUUGGCUUGGGACUUUUCAGACGGCGGAGGAGGCAGCCAGGGCUUAUGACACGGCGGCCCUCGAGUUUCGUGGAGCUGACAGAGCUAAGCUAAACUUCCCGCCAUCCUCGGACACUGGUUCUACCAGUGGAGCAAUGACUGAUGAUCCAAACAAGUCCAGUCGGAGAAAGCCAUCUACAUGAUCCGUCUCAUCUGGCACAUAUGCUUAAAGUUGAGACAGACGAAGAAGAUGGGUCCAAGUGAGAUUUGCUAUCUUUUGAUGAUUGUGUUGGAGAAUAAUGUUGAUGACCUCGGUCAUUAACUAAUUAUUGUGCCCAUAUAUUACCAGGUACUGAGGUUGUCUCGUACCGAGGUUUGACGGUUUGACCUGAAUAAGUGCCUAUUACAAGUGCCACGUAUAAACAACAUAACAGUAAACAUGCAAUU